AUGUCCAAGUGCUCCUCUAAAAUCUACGACGACCAACAUCACUCCAUCUUGCCGUUGUGGCACGCGGCGAACGAGAUCCGCCGUGAGCUUCACGAGUUUGCCGAACAGCAGCGAAAGGACAUGAACUUUGGGCUUGUUGGUGAUCCGAAUACGGGGGAGCUCGGCGGAAUCAAGUAUCACCUCUUCUUCCUCGAAGGCGCCAGCUACGUCUUAGCCUUUGACAUGCUCCAAGAUAAACCCUCCUGCGACAGGAACCUCCCCUGGAUCAUCACAGCGUUAAAAUGCAUAAAAUCCAUCCUCCAAAAAGGCAACUCGACUUCCGUAACAAUGAACCCCCUCAUGGUCGCCAUCGAACGCAUGAUCACGUCAGUCCUCCCUGAUUUCCGCCUCGACGCCGCUUUGGCCUCGAUACAGGACGGGGGGUCCCACACCGUUCCCCCCACCCAACACGAGUCCGCCGCUUCCGAGGUUCCCGGCCCGAAUCUGACCUAUCCGGUACCGGACUCGACGUGCCUGUACCCAUCCAUGCCCUUCGGCUUCGACAUAAACGGGCCCCUGGUCGCGCAGUCGCCCGUCAUGGGCUCGCUGGACGAUCAGGUGGAUAUCACGGCGGCGGACAUGGGGUGGAAUUUCGACCUGGGCACAAUGGAUAUGGAGGCUUUUUUAUCUAUAGAUGCGAAUCAGCAGUUUAAUUUUAGCACGUAA